UGAUUUCCAGAGGGACCAUAUGAUUUGAAUGUGACAGCAUUAGAGGCGAAUUGAAGAAUGGGCUGCAAAUGUAGAUUUUCGACUUUGCCAAGGGCCAAUGCAAUAAUUACAGAGGAAAACACAAAAAUGGAACUAAAUCUACCUAAAACACGACAGACGCGAUGAUCUCCAACAACAAUUCAUUUACCAUAAGGCACUGCUAUGGAGGCUUUAACUAUGAGAACUACCUGCGCAACGCAGAGCUGAUGCAGACAGGCUUCCAUCCGCCGCUGCCGUUUAACAGUGGCACCACCGUGGUGGGGCUGCACUUCAACAAGGGCGUCAUGAUUGGCACCGACACUAGGGCGACGCGCAGGAACAUAGUCAGCUCGGCUGAGAGUCCAAAGAUUCGUCGGCUGCACAACAAUAUAUACUGUGGGGGCAGUGGCUAUGCCAGCGAUCUGGACAAUUUAACGCAGUUGCUGGAAAAGCAGCUGGAGCUGCAUUACAAGAGCAUCAAUCAAAGGCACGUGCCCGUCGUCUGCGCCAAGCAACUCACCAAGGAAGCCCUCAUGCAGAACUUGGGUCGAAUUAUGGUCAGCUUUGUGAUCGGCGGCGUGGACAAGUCUGGCGUGCAUCUGUAUAGUGUGCACUUCGAUGGCACAUCCGAGAAGUGCUUGUAUAACUCUGUUGGAUCCGGACAGUUUGGAGCCAUGGGCAUAUUGGAGGAUCGCUGGCAGCUCGGCCUGGAGGAGGACGAUGCACGCGAACUGAUGGUGGACGCUGUCACCGCUGGCAUUAACAAUGAUCUGGCCUCCGGCACUGGUGUGGAUCUGUGCAUCAUACGCACCGACUACACUGUGGAGCUGUGCAGCGAGGUAGUUUAUGGCGCCUUAAGGAGUGACCGAGAUAAGCUGCCAGACAAGGAGCGUAGCAUGGUGCUCAUACGCGAAAACGUGCUGCGUUGCAUAGAGAUUACCGAGGAAAAUGUGAUUCCCCUUAAGCCGGUGACGCCAAUGCCGGUCACAGGGACGCCGCCGCCAAGGCCUCCGAUCAGACGAGAUGAAGUUCGAAGAACAGUCGCCACAAUGCGGCUUCAACGCAAGCGUAGCGCAGAAGAUUUAGACGACGAGGGACCGCCCAGGAAGAGAAGAAGCUUAUCGAUAUAAUAAUUUUUAAAACACUUAAAUAUUAUCCCCGUACAAUUGAUAAAGUA